UCGACAUGGCCGCUUCCAAGAACGUCACUCCGCUUUCAGCUUCGUUCUUUCAAUACGGACACCUCGUCUGUGUAUUACGGCUCCUUUUAUUUAUUACUUUUUUAGGCAGUAUGCAGCGGAUACACUUGUUACCGUGUAGCUAAUCCAACGGGAGCCAGUUGCUGCUCCUGUUAGGAGCGCGGCGGAGGUGACAUCACGGGUCUCCGGCGCCGACAGCCAGGCAGCACCGCUGUCCCUCCACGGUCAGAAAUGACAGCCGGAGCACCGCAGCCAUUAGCCCAGCAGUAACCCAAAAGAGUUUGAGGACCGUCUGCACACAAAUGAUGCUGUGUAAUUAUCGCUAAUCCUACUUGGGCUUACAGCUGUGCAGCACCCCGCCGGUCCUGCGCUGCCUGAUCUUACGAACGCGCAGCCUGCGUAUUUUGAUUCUGCACAUUCAUGAUGGUGUCGCUGCUGGACUACAGUGAGAAAUGGCCCAUGCCAUCCGCCGUACACCUACAUAAUAUGCAGUAGGCUAGAUAUUUUCAGACGAGGAUGGGGUGCAUCACGGCUUAUCUGCUGAAAAUAAGACGCAGGAUGAAGCUGGAGCGGGUCAGAGAGCUGGGCCGACAGUAUCCAGUCUUCUGCUUUCUGCUGCUGGUCCUGCUGCUGUCCACUGUGCUUUUAAAUAGAUACAUUCACAUUAUAAUGGUGUUUUGGUCCUUCCUGGCUGGAGUGGUCACUUUCUACUGCUCAUUGGGGCCUGAGUCUCUGCUGCCUAACAUCUUAGUCUCCAUUAAACCAAAGACUAAGUCAUACCAGCAAGAGUUGUUUCCACUAGGCCACAGCUGUGCUGUUUGUGGAAAAAUCAAAUGCAAAAGGCACAGACCAACUUUGUUACUGGAAAACUAUCAGCCAUGGCUUGACCUGAAAGUUCCUUCUAAGGUGGACGCUUCUCUUUCAGAGAUUCUAGAGCUUGUUCUGGAAAAUUUUGUAUAUCCUUGGUAUAGAGAUAUCACGGAUGAUGAGGCAUUUGUCGACGAGCUGAGAGUGACUUUGCGUUUCUUUGCAGCUGUGUUAGUGCGCCGAACUCAGAAGGUGGAUGUGGCAUCCCUUAUUACACAAAAACUUCUCAAAGUUUCCAUGAAGCACAUUGAAAUUAUUAGCAAAGCAAGACAGAAAGUAAAGAACACAGAGUUUCUUCAGCAAGUUGCCCUGGAGGAAUAUGGUCCCGAUCUCCAUGUAGCUCUACGAAGUCGCAGAGAUGAACUUCUUUACCUCAGGAAGCUGACUGAGAUGCUUUUCCCCUACAUUCUGCCACCCAAAGCUACAGAUUGCAGAUCUCUUACUCUCCUGAUAAGAGAAGUCUUGGCUGGUUCUGUCUUCCUUCCUUCAAUGGACUACUUGGCUGAUCCUGACACAGUAAAUCAUUUAAUUUUGAUAUUCAUUGACAACUCCCCACCUGAAGAAGCCACAGAGCCCACUUCAACAUUGGUUCCUUUCCUACAAAAGUACUCUGAUAUCCGCAACAAGAAACCCUCAGUGCUGAAGCUGGAGUUGAAGGAAAUCAGAGAACAGCAAGACCUUCUCUUUCGUUUCAUGAACUUCCUAAAGCAAGAAGGAGCCGUCCACGUGCUCCAGUUCUGCCUGGCAGUUGAGGAAUUCAACGACAGGAUCCUGUGCCCAGAGCUUUCUGAUUCAGAGAAAAUGAUGCUUCAUGAGGAAGUGAAGAAGAUCUAUGAGACCUACUGCUUGGACGAGAGUGUUGACAAGAUCCGCUUCGACCCCUUUAUAGUGGAAGAAAUACGCAAUAUUGCUGAGGGCCCAUAUGCAGAGGUGGUGAAACUGCAGACCAUGAGGUGCUUGUUUGAAGCCUACGAACAUGUUCUUUCCCUCCUGGAGAAUGUUUUCACCCCCAUGUUCUGUCACAGUGAUGAGUACUUUCGCCAACUUCUGAGAGGGGCUGAGUCCCCUGCCAGGAAUUCCAAAAUGAGCAGAAAUAGCCUCAGUUUGGAUGACAUUCGUUCCUGGGACUGGAGCCCCGAGUCCCCAUCCUCACUGUUCACCGCCUCUGGCAGCUCUUCACCUGCAUCUUUUAACUCCCUCCAUGCCCAGUCCACGUUCACAAACUUCCCAUAUGGUUCGCUAUCCCACCGCCACUCAUCACCCAAGAACACGUCAAAGAGGGGCGAAUCCUUCGGGAUCAGCCGCAUUGGCAGUAAGAUCAAAGGAGUGUUCAAGAGCACAACCAUGGAGGGAGCGAUGCUGCCAUCUUAUGGGCUGGUAGAAGGAGAGGAUGAUAUGGUGGAGGAAGCUAUGAUGGUGCUGGAGGAUGACUCCCCGAUGGAGGCAGCCUCCACUCCCAGCACCCCCCGAAACCUCUCAGCCUGGAACAUCACGAUCCCGUAUAUUGAUUUCUACGAUGACGAUGUAAAGAGGGAGAGGAUUCCUGUGUUCUGUAUCGAUGUGGAGCGCAACGACCGGAAGGCAGUGGGGCAUGAGACUGAGAACUGGUCUGUAUACAGAAGAUAUCUGGAGUUCUACGUCCUUGAAUCAAAGCUCACUGAGUUUCAUGGGUCGUUUCCGGAUGCCCAGUUGCCCUCAAAGAGAAUAAUCGGUCCCAAGAAUUAUGAGUUUCUCACAUCCAAGCGGGAGGAGUUCCAGGAGUACCUUCAGAGACUACUGCAGCACCCGGAGCUGAGCAACAGCCAACUCCUGGCCGACUUCUUGUCUCCUCAUAGUAUGGAGUCUCAGUUCCUGGACAAGAUGUUACCUGAUGUGAACCUCGGGAAAAUCAUUAAGUCUGUUCCCAGCAAACUGAUAAAGGAGAAAGGGCAGCAUCUAGAGCCUUUCAUCCAGUCCUUCUUCAACUCCUGCGAAUCUCCCAAACCCAAACCCAGCCGCCCUGAACUCACUAUCCUGAGCCCCACCUCAGAAAAUGAUAAAAAGCUCUUCAAUGACCUCUUCAAAAACAAUGCCAACCGGUCAGAGAUGACAGAGAAGAGGCACAAUCAGAACUAUUUCAUGGAAAUGAUCACUGUUGAAGGGGUGUACGACUACUUAAUGUAUGUGGGCCGAGUCAUCUUCCACAUCCCUGACUGGUUACAUCACCUGCUAAUGGGUGGCAGGAUCCUGUUCAAGAACACACUGGAGGCCUACACAGAUUAUUACCUGCAGUACAAACUGAAUCAGGUGGUCCAGGAGCACCGGCUAGUCUCACUCAUCACCCUGCUGAGAGACACAGUUUUCUGUGAGAGCAGCCCUCCCCGCUCGGUCCAAGACAAGCAGAGGAGAGCAAAGAAAACAUUUGAGGAGAUGAUGAGCUAUAUUCCAGACUUUCUUGGGAAAUGUAUCGGAGAAGAGGCCAAGUAUGAAGGAGUGCGUCUUCUCUUCGAUGGACUCCAGCAGCCAGUUCUCAACAAGCAGCUGACAUAUGUGCUGCUGGACAUCGCCAUUCAGGAACUUUUUCCUGAACUAAACAAGCAGGUACAGAAGGAGACCUCUGUGAUGGCUCCAUGGAUGUGAAAUCUACAUGACUUUUUUAACAUGAGCUAACAUGCUUGUCAGGUAUGAACUGAUCCUAAAUUAAUCCAGAGACUUUCACUGGCCUCAACUACCUGAGACUAACUCAUACGGAAACUGAUCCAGAUGCCCACAAGAAGAGGAAACGCAAGACUUCUCCUGAUGUAUGUAUUGUUAAUCUAAAUAAAUGAUGAAUCGGUGUUGCGCUGA